AUGAAUGAAUGAAUGAAUGAAUGAAUGAAUGAAUGAAUGAAUGAAAAUAUAAGCUGUAAAUGCUUCAUUCUUCACCCCAAGGGUCUUCCGACCAAUUUAAUGAUUUCUUCAUCUAUUGUGGAAUUUAGAGACAGGUCAGUUUUGUGGUCAUCUGAAAUUAUGUUAGAAAGAGUGGCUACCUUUAUUACCACAAACACCCCCCAGAGAAAUGGAAGACUUUGUUGUUAACCUUGUUCCUUUUACAGGCAAAGCGUUUGUCAACUCUGUCCCUUCAGUAUGAAAAAAAACUGAUGGACCAGCAGAAAGGCAGCGGCAGGAAGAAAAUCAAGAUCGUCAGCGGCCUGCAAUCUAACGAGGUAGCCAAUUCUUUGGAGCCCAAGGCGGCCAGAGCCAUCGCUUUUUUUGAAGCCGUGAAGAAAUGUCUGAGCCAGCUAAAUUUUGAAGUAUUUUCAGAAACCCUCCGCCAAUACAAAACAAACCACGAUUUCGAUGCUAUGUUAUUUCAGUUGAGUGGCCUUUUCUUGGAAGAUCAAAACACCCACACCCUCAUGCGAGAGUUUUACCAAUUUAUUCGGCCUCAGCACAAAAAGCAGUUUGACGAAGCUUGCUCUUCCCUGACUGGCAUCGGUUGCGGAUACAAACCCGAGCACAGCCUUCUGCAAGAAGAUAGAUUGUUGUUGGCUGACAAUGCAGGACAGGAUUAUGAGAAGAAAAUUGCCUUUUUGGAAGAUUCAACUAAGCAGCAUUUAAACAAAGGCGGAUCCCAUCUGACAGCUGAUUUAUAUCUGAAAGGAAUCUUUUCUCGGACCCCCGCCCUGGUUUUUGAACACGUCAACAACACAGAUUUUAAGCAAUUGUACCAGACGCUCUCAGAUUUUGAUAUCCGAUUCUACAUGUACGAAAUCUUGAAGGCGCUGGAUUACUGCCACAGCAUGGGGGUCAUGCACCGGGACGUCAAGCCGCACAACGUGAUGAUCGACCACGAGCACCGGAAGGUGAGCCCGCUGACUUUGAGGGUGGGGCCCAAAGGGUGCCCGGGCCACGCUGGAAGAGCAGAGCGCGGCCCCAUGGCCAGCAGGCCCCGGCCCCUCCCGCUGCCUCGCCUGGGGCGGCAGUCGGCCUCCUGGGGGAGAAGGACGGGAGCAGUUGCUGGAACAGACCAGGAGAUGCUGCCUUUGAACAGCUUUUCCAUCCUCCAGGCCACGGCCUCUGAUGAGUCAAAGAUGAAGACAAUUAAGUGGUAUUGA